GUUCUUUCCUGUUAUUCUCAGCGUUUUCCAUUUCUGUUUUGUUUUUGUUUGCUUGUUUGGUUUUUAGAACUAUGUUGCUGUUAUUUGUUUGUGCUCAUCUUGAACUCUUGACUGCUCAAAAGUUGUUUAGCGUGAUGUGCAACGGUAAGCUAACGCAUCGCGGAUAUUCUAGCUUCAAACAUGUCUUCCGUUUUCUUCCUACCUAUUUCAGCCAAACAUCCACUUCAGAAAGUAACUUAUCCAAAACAAAAGGGAAAAAAUGAAAAAAAAGAAAAGGAAUAUAUGGAAGCGAGAGAUUUAACAGCUACACCAUUAUGAAUUUUUAUACUUGCUUCAAAUAUUUGUAUAGAAUGAUAUCUACUUUCAUGACAUAAAUCAAUGAUUCACUUUCUGUACGCCGCUUGAAAUCAGCUUACUUUCCCCCAGUCUCCCUCGGAAAGUAAGAGAAAGCAAUCCAGCUCUUGAACAGUUUGUGUCGGUGAACAAAAGCUAUUUACCGCAAGGCUGGACUACUGGCUGCCGUAGUUUGUAGCUGACCUCAGGAUCGGUCAGAAAAAAAUUGAGUUCAGGUAUAAUAAACUUGGACUCAAAGAGAUUUCUUUCCAAAUUCCAGCCAACAUAUUCUGAGUUUCUUGUGCAUCUGCCUUUAUCACGUGGCAAGUUAGGUUUGAAUUGCUACAUACACUUUGAUAAGUAAACGUCCUAAUCUUUUCACCAGAGUCUCUCUUCUUUCCAACUUCCGGGGGGGGUACCCUUUGUUGAAGCUACCGACACAAAUCAUCCGUAACGAAGCAGCCAAUACAUACAUGGCUUGUUGGUCACGUGCCCGGUUCUUGGCGCUUCGCCAUGGAAUAUAUCUGCCAUUGCAGAAGCGAAAUGAAAAGUUUCAUUUUUGUUCUGUGCUGAACGGCCUCAUACACCUCAACAUGUAAACUGACGACGCUCCAAAUGUUCCAAUCUCGUCACCAAGGUCUCUCUUCUUUCCAACCCUGGGGGUACCUAUUGUCGUAGUUGCCGACGCAAUUCAUCGUGACUCAUCAGUCCAUAGAUGGUUAGUUGGUCACGCUGUUAUUGGCGCUUCGCUACGCAAUAUUGUCCACCGCUGCAGAAGCGAAAGGAAAAGUUUCAUCUUUCAUCUGUGCUGAACGCCUACGAUGUUAAGGAAUUCGAAAGAGAAUCCGGCUUUUGUUGACUCUUCAAAGGAAAUGAAUGAUAUUUCGGCUGAGACCAGCGAACUAGAGGUUUUGAGAAUUUCUCCUUUGGUGGAUGAGUGGGGCUCAUCAAAAGGUGGAUUAUCCACUCUAAACAGAGAGAUGUGCAAAGGGCUGGCUCAACAGCCUAAUGUAUCGGUGACCCUAGUUGUGCUACAAUUCACCGAGGAGGAAAAGAAUGAAGCAUUAAAAGGUAACGUAAACCUUGUUAAGGUCGAAGAGAUACCUGGAUUUCACCGCAUCUCCUUAUUGUCAUUUCCACCUGACGACUGUAAAAUUGACGCUGUGGUGGGUCAUGGACAGAAGCUGGGGCCACCAGCGUUUGCCGUGGCGAGACAGCGGCGAUGCAAACGCGUUCAUGUUGUGCAUACUUCAAGUGAGGAACUAGCAAUGUUUAAGAAAAAGCAGAAAGCACCGAUUUCAGCUGGUGAGAAAAAGCACCAAAUUGAGGUAAAACUGAGCAAAACGGCUGAUGUCAUCGUGGGUAUUGGACCAAAACUCACUGAGUCUAUCAAACGAAGCCUCCGAACGGAGCAUAGAGAUGAAGACGUAAUUAACUUCACACCUGGUAUUUUUACAGAGUUCUCUAAACUAAAGCAAGCCAGGGAAGAUAGAAAAACCUUCUCUAUCUUAUUAUUUGGUCGCGCUGACGAAGAAGAUUUUGAAGUCAAAGGGUACGAUGUUGCCGCACAGGCCAUAGCAGCCUUGGGAGACUGUCUCUAUGACCUUUUGUUCGUUGGUGCGCCAGAAGGGGAGCAAGAAAAAGUAAAAGUAAGCUUAACUAAAUGUGGCAUCCCUCGCAGACAGCUGAAAGUACGCAGCUUUUGCGAAAACCGCGAAGAGCUGGCCGAUCUUUUUGUUGAGGCAGAUUUGGCAAUUAUGCCUUCGAGAACGGAAGGGUUCGGCCUUACUGCCCUUGAAGCCCUCUCAGCUGGCCUCCCAAUCCUCGUGAGUGCUAACAGUGGAUUUGGCCAAGCUCUCGAAGAGCUUCCGCUUGGAAACUCUUUCGUGGUGGACUCUGAUGACCCCGAUAAAUGGAAAGAAGCCAUCAAGCAGGCCAGAAGAAAAUCAAGGAAUGUGCGACUUCAGGAGGCUAUUAAUCUACGGAAGUAUUAUGAUGAGAAAUACAAAUGGCAAGAACAGUGCGAAGCAAUUGUACGAAAAUUACGAGAGUGAAAAUGAUGUACUGCCUAAACUAAAAAGAACCCAACUUUUAAGAAGAUCCAUAUCAAUUUAAACACUUUCAUUGAACAUUACGGAAACACGAUAUUGUUGACAUUAGUUAACUUUGAAGUGAACUUCGAGCAAUCAUUCGCUUGCUGUUCUACGGGACCAAAGAUGUGUUUUCGUAUCUCCACCCUACUUUCGAAUUACUUCAAUUGGGUUUUAGCUUUGUUUACUUUCGAUAUAUGUACAUCGGUGAAAUCUGGCUGUAAAACAUAGAGGACUCUACAGACAACAGUUUUUACAAGCAUUCGUCAGUUGUGAGUAGUUGGAGCUAUUUUGGUUUAAGCUCUGUUUUGUAGUGUGUGGAAAAUUAAGGUCUAUUACAUUGUUACAGCUGUGACUUAACUUAGGCAUUUUUAAUUGACGUCUUGUGGAAAGGCUUGAUCUAGUAAACAAAACUCACUAAAUAAUGAAAUUGAUA